AUGGCUUUCCGACAGCGAGUGCUUCCGCUCCUCGGUGCUUCGGCCGUAGGUGUCGGUAUUGGCUACUACGUCUUUGACCCUUUGCUGCAGCAGUACUCCAAGGACACCAGGGGCACCUUCGUCUCUGGCCCUCCGGGCAGCAACACGCUUCCUGACCUCAAGCCUCACGCUAACGCGACCACCGACCUGCACGAACGUCCUCCCAUCGGCUCGUCUGCUGCUCGAGGCAUCUCGGGUGUCAUCUCUCGCCCCGGUACCGAUCUCAAGCACAACGAUCCCAGCCAGAUUCCUGGCAGCGUGCCCUACGGAACCGUCUCCAAGGAGAUCGAGGCUCUGCGCCGCAACGUGCACGACAAGGUCGACCACGCCGAGCAGAAGCUCGAGGAUGCCAAGAACAACGUCGAGAACAAGUACCGCGAUGCGAAGAGCGAGGUCAAGAGCACCUGGCGAUCCGCCAAGGGCACCGCCGAGGACGCCGCCGACACCGCCUCCCGCAAAGCCGAGAACGUGAAGCAGGAUGUCAAGUCCGGUUGGUUCUCUGCUAAGGACACUGCCGAGCAGAAGGCGGAGGAGGCCAAGAACGAGGCCAAGAAGGGCUGGUUCACCGCCAAAGAUAAGGCUGAGGAGGCCGGCGAGAACGUCAAAGCGGGUCUGCUCUCGGCGAAGAACACGGCCGAGCAGAAGGCGCGCGAGGCGGAGGAGGAGGCGAAGCGCGGCUGGUUCGCUACCAAAGACAAGGCUCACGAGGUCAAGGAGGAGGCCAAGUCCAGCUGGUUCUCGACCAAGUCGGCGGCUGAGCAGAAGGCCGAAAAGGCCGCCGAGGAAGCCAAGCAUCAAUGGUUCACCGCCAAGGACAAGGCUGCUGAGACCAAGGAGGACGCCAAAUCCAGCCUCCGUUCUGCCAAAAACACCGCUGAGCAGAAGGCCGACGAGGCCGCUGAAAGCGCCAAGCAGAGCUGGUUCGCUGCUAAGGACAAGGCCCACGAGGUCAAGGAGGACGUCAAGUCCGGUUUCUUCUCCGCCAAGUCGACGGCUGAACAGAAGGCUGACGAGGCCGCUGACAAGGCCAAGUCUGGAUGGUUCACCGCGAAGGACAAGGCUGCUGAAGCCAAGGAGGAGGCCAAGUCGGGCUUCUUCUCCACCAAAUCGGCGGCCGAGCAGAAAGCGGAUGAAGCUGCUGAGAAGGCCAAGUCUGGCUGGUUUACUGCGAAGGACAAGGCUGCCGAGGCGAAGGAAGAGGCCAAGUCUGGUUUCUUCUCCACCAAGUCCGCCGCCGAGCGGAAAGCGGAUGAGGCCGCUGACAGCGCCAAGUCGGGCUGGUUCUCGACCAAGUCGACCGCUGAGCAAAAGGCCGACGAAGCGGCUGACAAGGCCAAGUCGGGUUGGUUCUCCGCCAAGGACAAGGCUCACGAAGCCAAGGAGGACGUCAAAUCUGGCUGGUUCUCCACCAAGUCUGCUGCCGAGGACAAGUACGACCAUGCCAAGGACGAGACCCAAAAAGGCUGGUUCAACCUCAAGAGCAAGGCCGAGGACGUCGCCGACGAUGCCAAGAGUCACACCAAGAGCUACCAGGACCAGCUCGAGCACAAUGCGCAGCAGAAGAUCCUCGCGGCGCAGUACAACGCCGAGGUGCGCGCCGGCGAGGCGCGCGGCCACAUCGACGGCGGUCGCGUCGAGAACGAGUACAAGGGUCUCAAGCAGACGGGCAAGGAGUGGAAGUCCGAACUCGACUCCAAGGCCAAGGACGCCCGCAACCGCGCCGAGAACGAGUACCAGCACCUGCGCGACCAGUCGCAGCAGGGGUACAAGAACCUCAAGAGCGAGGCUGAUUCGAGCUUCUACAACCUCCGCGACAAGGCCGACAGCGGAUACGAGUCGCUCAAGUCCAAGACCGCCGAGGGGCUCGACUAUGCAGGUGACAAGCUGCACAGCGGCGCGAGGAAGGUCGAGGGCACCCAGAAGCCUGAGUCGACCGGCCUGUGGAACUGGAUCUUUGGCAACGGUAGGGCGACCGAGAAGGUCGCUUCCAACCUGGAGUGA